GAAACAAAAGUGAAGAAAAAACGAACAACAAAACCCAAUAAGCCAUAAGCAGCGAUCGAAGCUAAAAUAAUAAACACACAGAAGAGCGAAAGCUCUCUCAGACAUUCAAAUCUGAAAGCAAUACUAAAAACAAGUCACGAAGAUUGAAUCGGAGAGAAGCAGAAGCAGUAUUACUAAAGAAGGAGGUCGUUGGGCUCAAAAAAAAUCCGAAAACACUUGUUUUUCGGGCUUUUGGGUCCCGCUUCUCAUUGCCCCGCUUCCCUUCAUCUUCAAUUAGAAUUUCGAAUCUGUUGCUGCUCUGUUCUCUCAAAGCUCCAAUCCAAACUCCUCCCACUGAUCUCGAUUUGCUCCUACUCUGAAAAUUUUCGGGAAUUAUCUCAACUUCAUAGCAUCUGAAUUGGGCGUGAAAUGAAAAUAAUGCUGGGUUUUUUUCUGCUCUGAUUCAGUUUCUUCUUCUUACCCUCUCGUGAAGUUCAGUUGGUGAUUGGUCCUUCUGAUGGAUUGAUUUGGUAUCUCCAACUCCAAGCUAGGGUUUUUUUUUAAUCUAUUUUCAUACUUUAUCAGCAAUUUUGAGGUUCUUGGUGUAGUGUAAGCUGAUUAGUAGAUAAUGACCCCUAGGGUUUUGGUUUUGGGGAGAUGAGAUUUGGCUUUUGCAUUUCUACUCCUCCUAGAAUUACGAGUUCUGUGUCGUUUGGAAAAUGAUACUGGAGUGGCCUGUACUAGAAGCUUCAGCUGAGUUCUUGAAAUGCUCUUUGAUUUGAGUUUGAGGAUAAGUAAUACGUUGAUGAGUUGGGGUUGUUUGUGUGAAGGAUAACUAGAAGCUGAGAGGGUGCAUUUGGUAGUGCACUUCCUCUGACUGUGUCUGUCUAGUUUCGUUUUAGAAGAAGAAGAAGCAGAAGAAGCAGAAAGAAGUAUGCAGCCUUUUCAAGAUCCUAGGAUUGAUCUAGCUGAGCUGAAAGUGCAAAUUGUGAAGAAGAUUGGGGUUGAAAGAUCUAGAAGGUAUUUUUACUACUUGGGCAGGUUUCUGAGUCAGAAGCUUACUAAGAGUGAGUUUGAUAAGUCAUGUUGCCGUCUUUUGGGGAGGGAGAAUCUUUCUCUACACAACAAGUUGAUUCGUUCCAUCUUGAGGAAUGCAUCUCUGGCUAAAUCCCCACCUCCACUUCACCAAACUGGUCACCCUAACAAGUCUUUGGUGCUUGGGAAAGAGGAUGGACCUGAACAAAGCGGAUCUCUGAUCCCUAACCAUAAUAGGAAUGAUCCUGUUUGGUCUAAUGGGGUGUUAGCCAAGGUUAGGUCUGGAAUAUGUGACAAGACAAUCAGAGAUAGGCCUAGUCCACUUGGGCCAAACGGAAAGGUUGAAAGUCUGUUGCAUCAGCCACUUUGUCGAGAAGACAAAAGCGGUCCUUUUGAUUAUCAAAGAUCAAGUCGAUACGGUGAUGAAAGAGACGGUGCAUUUCUUUGUCCUGCUGACAAAAUGAGGGUAGCGGAUAAGGGUCAGGUUGUAGCUCCAUUUAGCAGAGAUGAUAAAGCUCAAGAGGAUCAAGGUAGAUUGCUUCUUUCUAUGUGUCCUGUGAUUGCACCUCUAGGGAUUCCUUUUUGCUCGGCUAGUGUCGGUGGAUCCCGCAGAACAGUUCCAAAUUCGACCAGCGCAGAUGUUAUUAGUUGCUAUGACAGUGGUGGAUUGUCAGACACAGAGAUGCUGAGAAAGCGGAUGGAGAAUAUUGCAGUAGCACAGGGUCUUGGAGGGGUUUCAGCAGAGUGUUCUAGUAUGUUAAAUAACAUGUUGGACGUUUAUCUGAAGAAACUGAUGAAAUCGUGCGUUGAUUUGGCUGGAGCUAGGUCCAUGAAUGGACCGCCGGGAAAACAAAGUUUAGACAAACAGCAGAUCCGAGACAAGAUUGUAAAUGGGGUGCAGCCGAGUAAUAGUUUGCACAUACAAACUAGCAAUGGGCUGCACAAACAAACUAGCAACCAACCAUCUGACAUAACGCAAGAACAAGUUUCAGUGUCUUUGCUUGAUUUUAGAGUUGCAAUGGAGCUAAAUCCGCAUCAACUUGGUGAAGACUGGCCGUUGUUACGGGAGAGGAUUUCCAUGUGCUCAUUCGAGGAACGAGAAGGGGUGUGAAAGAAAAUGUUUGGCAUGUUGGACACUGCAAUUUGUCUGAGUAAGCUCUCUGGUCCAAAAACUGGCCACUGAUUUUCGUAACAAAACGAAUCUUGCUAUGCAUCCUCUGGUGGACCUGAUGGCUGAGCGACACAACUAUGCCCUGCAGCUGCAGACUCGGGGCAGGUUAGUAGAUAUAUACAAAAGAAGCUAAGCCCGAAGAACCGCAUUUGAAUAUUUGUGUUGUUGUAAGAUCAAAAGUAAUUUGGCAUCCCAGUGAGUUUCAAGCUUUGUGUGGAACACGCAGGCCGAUAAGGGAAUCUAGAGAAAGUUUUGGCUGAGGUACUGUGGGUUUUAGGAAGGAAGAUACAAACAAUCAUGUAAUUGCUGCAGUAUUGCCCUGUAUGUAACAUAGUCUUAGAAUUGUUUUAGAUUUCAUAUCUUGAGGACACAUUGACAUCACUUUUACAUUUACAUUACAUUUUUGUUUUAUAAUUCAAUGAAAAGGAAAUUUUCAAUUCA